AAGGGGGAAAGGGGGCAGGAGAAAAAAGCUCUUCCAAAAAAGUAUUGGCUGUCUUGAGGAAUGCGGUCGCCCCCUUGGGAAAGUACAUAUCUGGGAGCAGCAGGCGGCUCUGCGCUCGCACUCCGGCUCCGCAGCUUCACCGCGCGCUCUCCUCCCUGCUCCCGCCGCAGCCCCAGGGCCCCUCGCCGCCGCCACCAUGGACGCCAUCAAGAAGAAGAUGCAGAUGCUCAAGCUCGACAAGGAGAACGCCUUGGAUCGAGCGGAGCAGGCUGAGGCCGAUAAGAAGGCGGCGGAGGACAGGAGCAAGCAGCUCGAGGAGGACAUAGCGGCCAAGGAGAAGCUGCUGCGGGUGUCGGAGGACGAGCGGGACCGGGUGCUGGAGGAGUUGCACAAGGCAGAGGACAGCCUCCUGGCCGCCGACGAGGCCGCCGCCAAGGCUGAAGCCGACGUAGCUUCUCUGAACAGGCGCAUCCAGCUGGUUGAGGAAGAGUUGGAUCGUGCCCAGGAGCGUCUGGCAACAGCUCUACAGAAGCUAGAGGAGGCCGAGAAGGCAGCAGAUGAGAGUGAGAGAGGCAUGAAAGUCAUUGAGAGCCGAGCCCAAAAGGAUGAGGAGAAAAUGGAGAUUCAGGAGAUCCAGCUGAAAGAGGCCAAGCACAUUGCUGAGGAUGCCGACCGCAAGUAUGAAGAGGUGGCCCGUAAGCUGGUCAUCAUUGAGAGUGACCUGGAGCGUGCAGAGGAGCGGGCUGAGCUCUCAGAAGGCCAAGUUCGACAGCUGGAAGAACAAUUAAGAAUAAUGGAUCAGACCUUGAAAGCAUUAAUGGCUGCAGAGGAUAAGUACUCGCAGAAAGAAGACAAAUACGAGGAAGAGAUCAAGGUCCUUUCUGACAAGCUGAAGGAGGCUGAGACUCGGGCUGAGUUUGCGGAGAGGUCAGUAACUAAAUUGGAGAAAAGCAUUGAUGACUUGGAAGAGAAAGUGGCUCAUGCCAAAGAAGAAAACCUUAGUAUGCACCAGAUGCUGGAUCAGACUUUACUGGAGUUAAACAACAUGUGAAAACCUCCUUAGCUGCGACCACAUUCUUUCAUGUUGUUUUUGUUUUUGCGUUUCGUUUUGUUUUUAAACACCAUGCUUACCGUGAAACCCCUUAAUGCAUUUUUUAUUUACUUUUACCACUGUCACAGAAACAUCCACAAGAUACCAGCUAGAUUGGGGGUGGGGAAGACACACACACAUACACACACACACAGGCAAGCCCGUGUUCAAGGUGACAAUGAUUUAAAUGUGCCAUUUCCCAAGUUGACAUUGCCACGCCGUAGAGAGUUUAGUGACACAGUAUGCUUAGUCAGUCCAGGAAUCCUUGAGGAAGCAGAAAGAUUUCCACUCAAAGUGCCAAUGAUGCAUGACCAGGAAGGGUAACCUGGGGAAGGGGGGGACCAGAUUGGAAACACAAUUGGGUGUGGAUUGGUGCUACUUUAAACAAAAGGUCCCACUGUGGUCUCUCCUUAAAUAUUGUACGAUUCAGAAGUCUGUCCAACACUAAUUUAUUUUGUCAUGAGUUUUACAAUGAGAUGAGACUGUGGAUCCUGUCUGCCAGAAUUCACUAAAGCUGAAGCUUUGUAAGCCACCGUGCUCUUCUAAAUUGGCACAUUUGCAAUUCGUUACAACUUGUGGGAUAGCAUAUGAUGUGGAUUUCCAGCAUGUUCAAGUGAAAGAUGUGGGCACCACAUACAAUGGUGAAGAAAACACAUUGUCUUAAGAGUUAUAACUGUAUGGAAACCUUGUACAAUGAUAUGGAAUAAAUGCACAUUGUAGGACAUUUUCUAAA